AUGUCAGCUGAUUUUUUUAUUUACAAAUAAAUUAAACAAAAAAACUACUGUUUAAUAAAAUGACUAUUGUUUACUCAGUUAAAUCUAUUUAACUUAAUAAUAAUAGUCAAUACUUAUUAUUUGUUAUUGUAUUUUUAAUUUAAAUAAUGAAUAAAUUAAUUUUAUCUGAGUAUGAAGACAUUAAUUCAUUAUUAUUAAAACCUAUUGUAGCAACACAAAGAAUAAAGUAUACUUGUAUUCAUGUAUCAACAAAUUACAUAGCACUUGGAUCAACUAGUGGUAGUAUUUAUUUAUUUACACGGGAGCCAUGUACUUUUCAACAAUUAAUACCUCAAUCAGAAGGGCCAGUUACUCAUGUCCUGAUAUCACCUGAUGAAAAAACCCUAGCAUUAUCAACAAAACGUGGUAGUAUUUGUAUUAUUAAUAUUAAACCAGUUAAAUUAUUAUCAAUAAUAUCAAAUGGACGUGAUACAGUAAUAACUUGUUUAUGUUGGAAUGAAAAAAGUUCGGAAAUUUAUGUUGGUGACAAUAAUGGAAGAGUAUCUACUGUUGUAUUAUCAAUUUUUACUGUAAAUGGAAUGUUUCAAGCACCAUCGUGUGCAUUAAUGCACUUGGACUCAUCAGUUGUACAAAUGGAUUAUUCCUCCCACUACUUAUUGGUAUCAACUCUCACUCGGUGUUACAUUUGUGACACAUCUCAUGAACAAUUCAAACAAAUCGGUAACAAAGCACGUGACGGCGAGUACGGUGGGUGUUUUUUUAAAAAUAAUGAGCAAGUUAAAUCAUCAUUACCAUUAUCAUCAUCGUCAUCAAGCUUAAUGACAACCGAUGCCUCGGAAAAAAUCCAAAAAUCAGUAGGUCUGACAAUGAUGAGUUUGAAUGAUCAGCCAGUUGAUGAUAAUUUAAUAAUUUACUGUACGAGACCUGGUUGCCGUCUUUGGGAAGUCAAUGUAAUGGGUACAGUUGUAAAGACUCAUCAAUUUAAAGAAGCGCUACAACCUCCCGUUCAAAUAUUCAAAUCAUCAUCUAUAAAAUCAAGUUAUUGUGAUAACGACAGCUCAAAAAAUACUCAAACAAUUAAUUUUUCACGUCUACAAGUUAUAAAUAAUAAAUACUUGCUCUCUUAUACUACUAAUAAUAUAUUUAUAAUAGAUCCAAUAAAUACGACAAUUAUAUCGAUUGAAUUUAAUAAUAUAUUUAUGAUUAAUGUGAUUGAUGAUAAAAUUUAUAUUAUGACAACACUAGGUACCUUUCAUUAUUUACUAUUGUCGACAAGUGAUUAUUUAAUUUUAAAAUUUUAUGAUCAUAAAUUAUUUGACGAUUGUUUACAAUUAUGUAAAUUGUAUCGCAAUGAUUUAACAAAUGACGCAGAUAUAAAUAAUGUUUUACUUCCGAUAGUUACAUCAAUACAAUCGAAUUUUACACCACAGAGAUUAAAUUCGGGAAUUGUUGUUGUUAAUUCAGGUCAUGGUUUAUUUAAUAAUGAUGAGUACAAUAAUUAUUUUUUCGACAUUAAUGAUAAAAAUAACAGUGAAAUAAAACAGAAGGUUGAUAAUGAAUCAGAUGAAAUUGUUUUAACAAAUGAAUUUAAAAACAUGACAAUUAAUGGUAGCAAUGGUGAUAUUAAAAAUAAUUAUUUUAAAGUAAAUGAUUCAACGAAUGAAAGUAAUGAUGGUGAUUUGAAAUCUCAGUUUAAAACAGAAUUUAAAAAUAUUCAAAGUGAUGUAGAACCGAUUUAUGAGUUGAUAAAUUCAUUGAAAAAUUGUCUUAAUGAAGACACUGAUAAAAUAAUUAAUGAUAUAAUUAAAAAUAUUAUGGAUAUUAAAAAUAAAUAUAAACAAAUUGAAUUAAAACAAUUUGUUUAUGAAAUAAUACGAUCUGUUGAACGUCAUUAUUUUAAUGUGUUAUUAGAAAAUGUGAUGAUUGAUUUAUACUUUGAAAAUAAUUUUGUGAUUGAGGAAAUUACUCGGGCAUUUAUUGAUUUAAAUUCAAGUGCUGAUUGUAUUUGUGAGAAAAAAUUAUUUAAAAAUAAUUACUACGAUAUGGAGCCAAAGUUUAUAGAAGUAGGAAUAAAUUUACUUAAAUUAUUAGUUAAAGUAAAUAAAAGUAAUGCAAUAAAUAUAUGUUGUAAAAUACCGUACAUGUGGCGCGAGUAUUUUCAAAUUCAAAUAGAUAAUAAAUUUGAGUGUGAUAUUAUUCCAUUGUGCCUUCAAACUAGAGACAAUAAAAUUAUUGCCAAUUUAUUCAUUCUUAUUGAUGACGAUAGAGAGCUAUGGAAUUAUGCCGCUGAAAGUUAUAAAUUUAUGGAGAAAGGUAUUUGUUUGAUGUGCAAACGAAAAUAUAAAGCUUUAAUUAGUAACGAUAAUGAGCUAUUUUAUGCACUUGAUUGGAGUGAAAUAGCUCGUUUUAUUAUAAAGAAAAAAAAUAUUGACACAGCAUUUAAAUUUAUUAAAAACUUGGAAAAAUUAUUACCUCAUGUUAAAUUAAAAGAAAAUAUUUAUCAGUCACUUAUAUUUACAAAAUUAUUAGAACAGCAUGGACUUGAUCAUACAGUUGAAUUUGAUGGGAAUAAAUUAAAUAAUGAUUAUAAUUCGAUUUGUUCAUCAGAGGUACAGAAAACGCUGAAAGAAUCAUUGGAAAAAGAUAUCGAGAAAGAAUUUAUUAAAAAAAAUUUAUUUGGAAGUGGCGUUCAUCAUUGGGGAAUUAAAUUCAAGACAAAAUCAUCAAUAUGUUCUUCCUGUACUCUUUCAUUACAAACCCCAGUUUUAUUAGGGAAUAAUGGAAUAUCAAUAUUUCCAUGUGGUCAUGCUUAUCACGUCAAUUGUCUUAUACAAAAAAAAUCAACAAAAUGUUUCCUUCAUCCAUAAAAAAAAAUAAAAGUAAAAAAAAAUUUUUUUAAUGUAUAUAAUAUAAAAUUUUUAAAAUUUAAUAAUUUAAAAUUUUUAGAUACAAUUUUUGUGCCAAAUAAUAAAAUAAAAUACUCUCUACUUAUUAAAUUAAAAUAUGUAUUUGUUAAAUUUUAUUA